AUGUUAUUUUUGUUAGCAUUACUAUCAAAUAUAAAUUGCUCAAUUUAUGAUAAGAUAAAAUACAUAGAAAAUUAAAUAGAUUUAGCAUAGAAUGUAGAAUAUUUUGAAGCAAGAAAAAGAUUUCUAGAUGGAGUGAAAAUAAAAAACAUAUUUGAAAUGGAUAAAGAUCUAAUAGACAUACAUUUAUUCCAUUUAAAACAAUUACAUUAUCCAUCAUCAUAAUUGCUUGUUUGUAAAUCAAGUGAUAAUGAAAUAAUGAUAAUAAAUUAAUUAGGAUCAAUUAUUGCAUAAUACAAUCAUUCAAGUAAUAUAUUGAUGACUGAUAUUUUACAUAAUGUAGAUGAAUUUUAUAUAGGAUUAUAUGAUGCAGAUAAAAAUUUAACUAUAUUAAACAUGACAAUAAUCGAUAAAAAUAUUAAAGAGGAACCUAUUGAUGAUAUUCGUAGAAUUGAUAAAAAUGGAUAUUAUCAUGAAAUUGAUUUAACUUGGGCAUCAAGUUUUUAAUUAAAUUACAAGGCAACUUCUAUUUUAGUUAAUUCUGGUAGAAACACAAGAGUUUUUUUAGUUGGUGAUGAAAAUGGAGCAAUUUCUUAUUAUUUUUAAAAUGGUACUUUGAAAAAUAAAAAUACUAUAUCUUCAACUCCCAUAAUGAAUUUGUUAAGAAGACAUCCACAUAUAAUGUUUUAAACAGAAAAAAUAAUUGGUUUUCUAAAUUCAGUAUCAUUAACUGUAGUAACACCAAAAUGUGAUCAACCUGCUGCUUCAAUAGUUUCAAUUUAUUAAGAGAAUAUUUAUAGUCAGAAUAUUUAUGUAUUGCUAUCUAAUUAGGAUAUUUUAAUAUAUUAAAUAAAAUCAGGAAAGCAUCAUGAAUGUUCAAGUAUUUAUUAAACAAAUUAAAUUUAGUUUCUUAUAAGAUUCCCACUUUAUAAAAACUUAAGAAUAUAAGAGUAAUUAAUUCUUAUUUAAUUGGAUAUGAUAGAACUUUGUAGAUUUAUAAUACAUCUUUAUAUAAAUCACUAUAUUAAGAUGAAGUUCUAUAUUUAACAUCUUUAGAUGAUCAAAGAUUAUGGUAUUAAUAUUAUUCGAUUCGCUCGCAUAAAAUAAAUGCAUAAACUAGUAAUGCUUAUGAGUUUUACACAUCAAAUAAUAAAACUACAAUAAGAUAAAUUGAAUUAACUCAUAUUCCUAUGCCAUAAAGUUCUUCUUUCUCAUUAAUGGAAUCUUUCAGGUUCCCUAUGAUUUUAGUAGCAAUCUUCAUUGUUUUUAUCUUCUAAUUUUGGUAAAAAAAGAAAAAAACAGAUCAUGAAAGUGAUGAAUUAAGUGCAGAAACUAAAAAGAAAAUAGAUGACAUGGUUAAAUAGUAUAAAAAAUAUGAUAAACCUGAAUGA